AUGCGGCCGUCGACAGAGCUCUCAGUGAAGGUCAAGGUCGCUGUGGGUGAUGGCGAACCGAUUGAAUCUGCUUUGCGUCGCUUCAAGCGCGAAGUUAACAAGUCGGGACACCUUAUGGAACUUCGUCACAAGCGUUACUUUGAAAAUUCCCAAGAACGAAUCAAGCGUAAGGUUAAGGAA